AUGACUAAAGGAGAGAAACUGAAUAAAGCUGGUAGAGUUUUACCUCAGCUCCCCUGGUUGACGAUGAUGCCGCUUACACGGGAGGUUUAUUAUCCCACUGGCCUGAUCGACCAGGGAAGGUUGAUGUAUAUAUAUUCGCUUGCGGAUUAUCUUUGGUGGGGUAGUGUCUUUGUGUAUAUAGAUAUUUACAGUUCCGCUGUAUCGCGGAACCUGUCGGGAGGCUUGGGGAAGGUAGGUCUCGGGUCGGACGGGAGACGUGGUGGGGCCGGGCCCGAUGCCGAUGCCGAUGCCGAUGCCGAUGCCGAUGCCGGCAUCGUUGCAACCGUCCCGGCUGGUUGCCAAUUGGCGGGAUGUGCAGGACGGGAAUAG